UCGUCAGAAGAAGAAGAAGAAGUAGAAGAAGAAGGAAAAUGUCAACAGAACGGCGAAGUAAAGCUAGCGGUCCCACGGACUGCUGAUUGACUUGCUGCAGAGGCCAUGAUCUGAUGCUCAUCUGUUGACUGCUACAUCAGCAAUGUCUGUCAACUCCCUCCUGAGAUACAGCAUCAGGCUGAAGAGGAAACAUGUGUCACAUUUAGUCCAUCAGAGAGCUCUGUCAGGGGCCGAUGCUGUCAACGCACUCAGACCCUUUUAUUUUGCAGUCCAUCCGGACUUCUUCGGCCAAUAUCCCAGAGAAAGGGAAGUGAAUGAGAAUUCAUUAAAGAGGCUGAAUGGCUAUCUGGACAACCUGCAGAAGCCCGGCUCCCGCUCAGUUCAGCCAAUGAAGCUCACUUUUUACGUCCGGGACAUGAAGGACAGCAGCGACGUGCAGCCGGACCUCCUAGCCUCGGGGUUCCGGUCAGUGAGUUUCACCCUGCACACAAACGACGUGUUGAGCACGGUGACCAACGUGUUGAAGUCCUGCAGCCUCCCCGUGGAGCACAUGAAGGGGCCGAAGGCAAGUGCGGAGACAUCUAAGAGUCCGCCUGGGGCCGGGCUGCCUUUCUACAGACCCAUCAAGUGGGACAAGAGCUACUACACCUUCACUGGAUUCAGAGACCCCGAGGAGGAGCUGCAGCAGGCCAAGAGAGUGGACCCUGCACUCAUCUUGUGGCUGAGAAACAACGAGCCCGAGGCGACAAAGAAGCACAGCGCUAGUCUUCCUCGGAGGGCAGAGCUGAACAGGCUGAAGGAGGAGCUGUGUCACAAGUUUGAUCUGUCCGAUAUCAGGUGGCAGCGCAGCUGGGGAGUGUCCCACAGGUGCUGUCAGCUGCAGAGUCUGAGCCGACUGUCCCAGCAGAACCCCGAGGCCCUGAUCAACCUGCAAGGACACACUGUUGUGUUUGCUGACCAGUCCGGGAUGAACGCCUCUGGACACAUCAUGCUGGGAACCAUGGACGUCCAUCACCAGUGGACCAAACUCUUCGAGCAGCUGCCCGGCUAUUGCAGCCUGCAGCAGCAGACGGACUGGCUGAAGGAGAGGAUCAGCCUUCUCCUGGGCGGGACUCAGGUGGUCCACGUGGAGAGGCUGAGACCGGUCCAGUCCAUCGCCGAGCACUACGGCACCCUCAGCACCUUCCACAAGAGCCUGAUGUCCCGACGCCUUCGCCUGCACCCCAGGAGCCUGCAGGGGCUCACCAUGUUGUUGGAGAAUGACCGCUCCAACCCCAGCCUUCAUGAGAUGGGGCACUUCAUUAUCCCCACCAACGCUGACCCCCCCAAGCUGCAGGUCUUCCUCCAGAGCCACGCCCCCGAGGCCCGACAGCGCACCCAACACAAAAACCAGCUGCAGGCAGAGGAGGAGGCUGUGGUGAAGCUGUGUCUCCAGAAUCUGUCUCUGAGGAGUCUGUCCAAGGAGCCCAGUGUGAGCUCCAGCCAGAUGAUCCUGUGCUGCAGAAGGCUGGUGGAGCAGCGCUCCCCCCUCAUGCAGGGCCUCCACAUCUGUGUUUCUCACUUCUACUCAGUCAUGCAGGACGGGGACCUGUGUGUCCCCUGGGACUGGAAGAGCUGAGCUGGAGGGACACGGUCAGUCCAGCUGUUGGAAAGAAUCUUUUUUCUUUUCUUUUUUUUUUUAGCAAUUUAAUGUUGUUCAGACAACGUUUAACAGGAUGUUGUUUUAGAUGUCAGGUGGUCACCCCAGAUUUCAUGUUCAGUGGGUAACUCAAGCUGACAGUCAAGAAGCACUUUAUCCACUUUAUUACCGGAGAAGCCAAAUAGGAGAAUUUGAUUGACAGCUAAGGUCAGUGGUUCCCAACCCAGGGGGUGCGGACCCUUCAGGGGACGCAAAAUGAUUGACAAGAGAGGAAGAAGAAGAAGAAAAAAAAUCCAUGCUUCAGGAAUCAAAAUUAAAAGUCUGAGAACCAAAUAUUGUUUGGUUGAAUUGUGAUAAGUGUGUGUGUGUGGGGGGGGGAGGGGCCUUUAAUCCAGAAAGGUUGGGUAACACUGGCAGAGGUGCAAUAUCACUGAAGCUUUAUUUAAGACCAGGGUUGAGGCCUUAACAUGCACGGUUUGACAAAGUGAGUAUAGUUCUGUUGUUGUGUGGAGUGCACCAAGAAAGGGUUAGACGAUGGUUCUAUAAGUGUGUUGGAACUCACUCUGGUUGACGGACCCACUUGAGCAGGUGAGCGAAGCUGAGUGAAAGUAAACAAUCCUGAAAUUCCCGACACGUUUUUUUAAUCUAACGAAAUAUUCUGCUUCAAAUCUGCAUUUCACUGCGGCAAUGUGACAAUGAAUAUGUGAAUAUGCAACAUAACGGCACGCCUCCACGCCGUCUGUCCUGAAAGACAUUCGCUGGGUUGCACUCGCCAGUUCACGUGAGAAUGUGAUCAAAGUAUUAGUGCGACGAAUGAAAACAACAACAACUUGUGAGAGGAGUUCACACCCAGCUUGCUUUCACACCUGACCAAUCACAGCGUGAGGUGCGUGUUAGUUGUCAGAGUUUCUGUUUCAGAAAGUACAGACGUUGGAGUUCUGACACUGAUGCCCGUAAAUAAUCAAUAUUGCUACUAUUGUAGUAUGAAAUGCUGAUUUAAAUUCGAAAAUCCAACUGUAUUUAUAUACAUGUGAAUGUAACUGUAAUUUAUGUGAUGAUAAAACAGAACAGGAGGACUCGUUGCUUAGCCAGACAAUCCAGGAACAUUAACAAAGACCUUCUACAAAGACCUUGUUACGUUACGUUGUGUGCAUAGAGGGGAAAGGACUAACUGUGUGAUGCAGCGUGUGGACUAAGAUGUGCGAUGGUGGGACACUUCACCGGAUGGAGAUGUUUUGGACAUUUCAGAUGCUGCUGUGCAGUUUUGAGUCCUGAGUUCUCGUAUCACUCGAAGCUCUGUACACACUGGGAGGCGGGUUUGGACCUUGUAACGGUACCACAGCUGUGAAACAGCAAUGUUCCUCUCAAAUAAAAGUGCUCACAUCA